AUGUCGUCAUCUUCCCGGCACCUCUUCCUCCGGCAAGGCUCCUGGAGCCGCCGGCGUCCUCUGCUCAAGACCCACGUCUCCAACUGCAAGGACCGGUUGGCCGAAGUGGCCGGCGGGACCGCCGCCGAGUGCGCCGCCGUGUGCUGCUGCUGCCCUUGCGGGCUGGUCAAUCUCCUCGUGCUCGUAAUCUACAAGGUUCCAGCGGGGCUCUGCCGCCGCGUGCUGAGAAAGAAGCGACGGCAGAGACUCAUCAAGAAAGGGCUGCUCCAGCCGAGCCACCUGCAUUGCACGUGCGGCUGCGACGGCCGGGAGCUGCAGUUCCACCCGGUCGGGUUCGAGUCGCUGUCGUCGGAGUUCAAGAAGUAUAUGAUGGAGGACGACGAGUCGUCUGACCAGGAUGUGAUUCAGCUCGAGAAGGAGAUGUGGGAUCGGUUUUACGGCACCGGGUUUUGGAGAAGCCCAACUCAGAGAGAAAAUCCCUCCAUGUCCAACUCCUCCUCCGACUCCUCCGACUCCAAGGUCGUCACCGGUACAUAA